AAAACAGACUGCUAGCGUCUGGCGUUCAUGCUUCCCUCAGAAGACUCCAGCCUGACCGGAGAUGGCCCAGCAGCACAUGUGGAUCUGGUUCCUUUGCCUGCAGACCUGGUCUGAAGCAGCAGGAAGAGAUGCAGAUUCGCGCCUGGUGAAUGGAAUUCUUGGGGAGUCAGUUACUUUCCCCUUAAAUAUUCAAGAGCCACAGAAAGUUAAGAUCAUUGCCUGGACUUCUAAAUCAUCCGUUGCUUUUGUCAAACCAAGACUCCAAGGAGCACCACCUGAAGUUAUUGUGACCCAGGUGGCUUAUGAAGGACGAAUAGAUGUCAUAGAACAGAACUAUGACCUAAUCAUUAAAAACCUGAGAACGGAAGAUACAGGAACUUACAAAGCAGACAUAAAUAUAGAGAAUACGCCCACCAUCACAAAACACUACCAUCUUCAUAUUUACCGUCGGCUUGGAAAACCAACAAUUACACAGAGUUUAAUAACAUUUGUGAACAAUUCUUGUAAUGUCACACUGACCUGCUCUGUGGAGAAAGAAGAAGAGAAUGUCACCUACAGUUGGAGUCCCUUUGGAGAGAGAAGCAACGUCCUUCAAAUCUUCCAGUCCCCUGAGGAUCAAAAACUGAAUUACACAUGCACCGUCCAGAACCCUGUCAGCAGCAGCUCCAGCUCUGUCACUGCCCAGGAACUCUGCACAGACAUUUCAAGCUUCCACCUCCGCCAUGCUGCGUUGCCAAGUGGACUGGCUGUUGCUCUCCCUCUGCUUGUUCUCAUUCCAUUUUCAGUGUUUCUCUUCUAUUUUUACAAGAGAAGGCACGAUGGGACUGACCUGGAAGGUGAUGUCUCAAAGGAAACAGCAUACUCUGAAGUUUCAAGAAAUGCUCAUCCCAUGGAGUCCAGAAUCUAUGAUGAAAUCCCUGAGGCCAAGGUGCUGCCCCGCAAGGAAGAGCCAAUGAGCACCAUUUACUCCUCAGUGCAGCCUUCUGAGAAGGUGUGGAAAAACAACAUGAAGGAAGACAGACUUCCCAAGACUUUGCGUAAUGAAAUUGUCAUCUAGGUGAGCAGACAGCGUUCUCCCACCAGGAGCUGAAGUUACAAGCAGCAACAGGACAUGUGUCCUGGAGACCAAGACUUUCUCUGGCUGUCCCAUACCAUGGCGUUCCAACUCACCACCUCCAAACACACAGGCAGAGCAGGAAACCUUCUGUUAUUGGGCAUUACUUGUACCCAAACGGGCUUGUGGACACUUGUCCUUACUUAUCAAAUCCUUUCUAUGCAAGAAGCAAGACAGAGUCCCUAACAUGGUACCUCCCAAACUUCUUCACAUCACAGAAGAUAGAAAAGUUAUUUUAUGGCACACUGGAUGAAAUCAUCAAGGUUGCUCACAUUUAAACAAGACUCAAGAUAGCUGGGAUUGUCAGCUCUGCCUGCAGCAUCACUACCCGACAGCUGUGGGAAGAUAUCAGUCAAUAUUUUGAACACUUGGAUGUUCUCUGAAGAUGCAACGUGUGUAAGGAACCCUGAUGCAAGGCCUCCACAGUUGCUGCAGUACCUUAAGCAACUUAGGAGAGGCAUGCUUGGAGUAUAAGUAAACCCUCACUUGAACACAUGGCAUGGCAAGCCAAGUAUAGGCUACCCCUACUCAUUCCUGAAUUCAGGAGCCAUCAUGCAGGACACAGCUGCUGAGUUGUGGCCCUCAGCCAGGCUGAUACAUUCUCUAGAGUACAGACUAGACUGCUGGAGAUCUUCAGAAGCCUCAUAAGAUUUCCUGUCUGGCCAUGCUUUCCUUCCCUGUUUAUUACUUCAGACAGCCUCAGCAAGGAGACACCAUGCCGAAGAGCCUCACUCUCCAAAAAGAAAUGGCCAGCUACAUUUCUGACACCCUGAGAGAAGUGGGUGCAACCAAACCAUCAAACCAAGAGAUCUUGAGGACUGCAGAGUCAUGCACAUAAGAGGGAACCUGGGAGAUGACAUUGCAGAUGGUGAAACUGGCUUCACCCCAGCUGCUGUUUCAGCCAACUCAGACAGGCACAGAGUUCAAGCUAAGGAGGAGCUCCUUCACCCCAGCACCACCCCACACACACACAAGCUCAAAACCAGCUGCCAGUCAUGAGGAAGAAUUUCCAUCUGGACAGGGCAGCAUGUGAUCAUUUGAGGCCAUGGCUAUCUUUUGUGUCAACAAUCCUUACCAGCUAAAUCUCAAACGUCCAUGAAUACCAGGCUCCACAGUAGGAAUGAACUGUAUUUGGGUACAAAAAAGUUGUGUGUCCCACAAAGGUCCUGGGCACAUUUGAAAGGGUGGGAGGUACUACUAACUUGUCUUCUGAAAAGGUUAAACUGAUUUUUGUUUUCAGUAAGUGUGCUGGUGUCCUUAUACCCUCACUCUGCUUAUCUGACAGGUGAAAUUUUUCUCCCAUAUGCCCAAAUAGUUACUGUUGAUUGUAUUCAUUCUGUUUUGAAAAUUUGUUGAUAUCUGUCAGGUUUCAAAGAAACCUGGAACAAAUGGAUAACUGAGUUGCCUGUUAGCAUACCAAAGAGCACCACGCUGGCCAGGCCCACUCAGCCUGUGGCUCCUCUCUGCUCUUCCCACCCCACCCCCUUAGCCUAACCCUCUCCAGCCCAGGGGCUUCACUUCCCUU